AAAAAAGGAUACUGUAACUUGGGUGCUAAUUUUGACUCAGGGCAGAACUGAAGACAUGGGCUCCGUUUCUAACCAGGAAUUCCCAGGCGUGUGCAAGACCGAGGAGGAUGAAGGACCGAGCACCGAGGAGGAUUCACAGUCUUUUCAUGGGGUCGGCGUGUGUAAAUGGUUCAACGUCCGCAUGGGCUUCGGGUUCCUGUCCAUGACCAACCGGGAGGGAGUGCCGCUGGACGAACCGGUCGAUGUAUUUGUCCAUCAGAGCAAGUUGCACAUGGAGGGCUUUCGCAGCCUGAAGGAAGGCGAGGCAGUCGAGUUUACCUUCAAGAAGUCCUCAAAGGGCCUGGAGUCGCAGAAAGUCACUGGACCGGGCGGCAUCCACUGUGUGGGCAGUGAAAGGAGACCCAAAGGGAAGAAGGUCCAGAAGCGACGUUCAAAGGGAGAUAGGUGCUACAACUGUGGAGGCCUGGACCAUCAUGCCAAAGAGUGCAAGUUACCACCCCAGCCCAAGAAGUGCCAUUUCUGCCAGAGCAUUGACCACAUGGUUGCCAACUGUCCAAUCAAAGCACAACAGUCCUCACCAGGUUCUCAGGGAAAACCAUCCCCCUCGAAAGGAGACAAAGAAGAGCACAGCCCCUCGGCACCGCCUCCCGAGACCUCCGAUUAA